UAGGAACCCAGGUUUAGAAUGUGGAGUUUCUAAGCAUUUCAUUGUCUUGAAACUGUGUUGUAUAAAAUAUGCAGAACAUUCAUUUUCCUUUCCCACUGGAAUUAACAAACUUACCCAAAAUCCUUUUUGUGCUUUCUAGUCACCAGAAAUGAAAGCAGGCCUCACAAAAAGUGGAGAAGGAUUGUCAGACUUUGAAGCAAUGGACCAGUGUGAAUCCACCCGAUAGCUCUGUGUCUCACUCUCCGGGAAGGACCCCGACUUCAGGGGGUGGAGUGACUCCUAAGAGCCCCAGGACUCCAAAUCCCCCUUCCCAGGAGCGAGCCCGGCGACCGGGCGAGGGGAGACACGGAGUGGCCAUCAAGAGCGAAUCCUCCAAACCACCCUGCAGUUGGGGGUCCAGGCCUGGGGAGCUCCAGCUCCUCCCCUCCUUCCCUCUUCUGCCCCCGCGCCCCUCUGCCCCAGACUAUGUCCACCGGCUCCCUCAGUGAUGCGGAAGACCUGCAGGAGGUGGAGAUGGAAAGCGACGGCCUGAAAGUGGAUUCUAACAAGGAGUUUGGGACUUCCACGGAGAGCAACGAAGAGGGGUCCCUCUGCGAGAGUGGGUCCCCCCAGAAAGGCCGCGCGGGGCCGGGCAAGAGGCGGAAGGCCCCCAGCAAGAAAAGCCCCUUGAACGGGGUGAGCCAAGAGGGAAAACAGGUCCAGCGCAACGCGGCCAAUGCCAGGGAGCGGGCCCGGAUGCGGGUGCUGAGCAAGGCUUUCUCCAGGCUCAAGACCACGCUGCCCUGGGUGCCCCCGGACACGAAGCUGUCCAAGCUGGACACGCUGAGGCUGGCGUCCAGCUACAUCGCACACCUCAGGCAGAUCCUGGCCAAUGACAAGUACGAGAACGGAUACAUCCAUCCGGUCAACCUGACUUGGCCCUUCAUGGUGGCCGGAAAACCCGAGAGCGACCUGAAAGAAGUGAACGUGACUCGUUUGUGCGGGACCACAGCAUCCUGACCCAGGAACUGCGAGAUGGGGAGAGGCGCGCCCCAGGAGGGAGCGGGGACCGAGAAAUCCCUCGGUCUCUCCCUCUCCCGCCCCCCUAAAGAACACUUAAUUGGCGACGAGGAGAUUCAUUUCCAAAGAGGAGACCAAAUGUACAUUCAGAAUUCCCAUCUAUUUAACUUUAUUACCCUCUACAAUGUUCAGCCCCACCGGGAAGCCUUGCUGGUUCAAGUGCAAUACUGUAUAUAAAUACCUAUAAAUAUAUAAUAAAAACUACCAACGUGUAUCUUUUGUAUAAUAUG